ACUGCAUUGAUCCUCCAUGGGGGGCUGCCACACACUGCUCUGGCGAGGCAUCUCACUGGAGCAAAUGCCUACCCGGGAGUGCUCUCAGUAUCCGUGUGGCUUGGGCUGGUUGGAGUCCCCCGCAGGGAUGUUCCACAGGGCAGGCUUAAGUCGCCUAAGGAGCUGCCUUGACCAUCUGCCAAUCACCUUCCUUCCCGGUCAGGGAACCAAGAAAUGUAGCAGGGCGAGCUGCAGACAAACUCCUCAGACACUGAGUUAAAGAAGGAAGAGGUUUAUUCAGCCAGGAGCAUCAGCAAGACUCCUGUCUCAAGAGCCAAGCUCCCCAAAUAAAACAAAGUAACCAGAACCACAUCCACUGAUCAGAUUUGCCUGGGAAAGAGGGGUGCUGUCUCCUUUGAUCUUCUCAUCUGGAAGAGAUGGACCAAAAGCUUCUCCAGCAAUAAUCUAGUUGACCCUUGAACAACAUGUGUUGGAACCUGUCAGGUCCACUUAUAUGAAGAUUUUCUUCUGCCUCUGCCACCCCUGAGACAGCAAGACCAACUCUCCUCUUCCUCCUCCUCCUCCUCAGCCUACUCACUGCGAGAGGACCAGUAUGAAGAUCUUUACGAUGAUCCACUUCCAUAUAAUAAAUAGAAAUGAUUCUUGAAGACUAUCUUUCCAGCUUGUCACAUAUGCAAGGUGUAUUUACAGGAGACAGCAAUGGAAACCUGGUCAGUUGAGCAGGUCUGCAGUUGGUUGGUGGAGAAAAAUUUAGGAGAGCUAGUUCAUAGAUUUCAAGAGGAAGAAGUAAGUGGGGCCGCUCUUCUUGCACUUAAUGAUCGGAUGGUUCAGCAACUGGUAAAGAAAAUUGGUCACCAGGCUGUUCUGAUGGAUUUAAUUAAAAAAUACAAGCAGAACACUCAAGGACUGAAGUCCCCAGAAAACCCCAAAGAGGCCACCCUGGUCAUGCAAACAGAAGCAGCUCAAGAUUACAGGGAUGAAGAGUCCUCCAGUCCAGCCAGCCAUGGGGAGCAGAUGCCAUCUUUCUAUCCAGCUGAAAAGCUUGAUAAUGGACUAAUUGACCAAAGAGUAUUGAAACAGAGAAGAAAUGUGAAACAUAUUCUAGCAAGAAGCAAAGCAUUACAAUGGACGAAGUCCUAUGUUUUACCAGAGUUUCCCUAUGAUGUCAAAUGCAUGUUAGCAGAGCAGAGGUGCCCAGAUCACAGCAUGAGGAUAAGGAUCAUUGAGUUUCUCCAGGCCGACAUGACUAAGUAUCUGGAAGGCUCACUGUACCCCAGCACCCAGCAGUACAAUGACGUAGUUAAUGCCCUGCUGCAGGCCCACCCUUUCCUGGAUGAGGACGGCUGUGGCUUUUUUUUAUGGAAGCGAGCCCUCAAAGAUCGCUUUAAAUAUGUUCGAAGACCCGUAGAAGAUGAUGAGCAAGUGAUUAGAAAUAAGUGUAAAUUUGGACACCGAAGAGGCCAGACAAGGAAAUCUCUUGCUGAUACAAGAUUUGAUGAAAUUAAACUUGUCCAGAUAAAGGAAGAAGCUGUUUGUUCUGAUUCUGAGCUAGAUGAACAUAUUAAGUGGUUCCAGCAAGAAUACGUGAAAACAGAAAAGGACUGGAGAGAAAUUGACAAGAGAAUGAGCCAAACUUUGGAAAUAAGAAGAAAGAUGAUUGGCAGCCGAACACCUCUGAAGGACAUUCUUAAACUAUUUCCUUUCUUGAAGUGCCCUUAUCAGAUGUUCAGAGAAUUCCAACUUCUUACAAGGACAGAUAUUUAUAAGAAAACAAGGCACAUUUUGGAAUCCUAUUCAGAAAAUAUACUGACUUCUUUUUCAGUGGUGGACAAUCCAAUCAAUAUUGUAUUGCAAGAAAAAAUGAAACAUUACACAGAUGAAGACAUGUUGAAAUACAUGAAGAUGACAGCCACAUGUUUACUCCUCCCAGAUGUUUUUGGGGAUGAUCCCAGCCUUUUUGUCAUCAUGAAUGAACAGGUGCAAGUGUCCACACCUGUGUUGGAAGUUAAAAACCCUUUCGACAUGGAGGUCUGCGAAUUUUCUUUAUAUUUAGAAAGGGAGAGGCUCACGAAGGUGGAUGACUGUGUUACAGCCUUGGCUGCGCUAGUAGCUGCCUUUCAUGUAUUUGGGAUUGAGUGUCCAAGAAGACUGUCCCAAACCUUCAACUUCCUAGAAACGUUGAUUUUUGAUAUGCACAGUCCUUAUUUUCCUUCUUUGAAAGAAAAGGAAAACGAAGUAGGAUUUCAGCACCAGUCACUUAAUAGCAUGCCAAAUAUUGUAUCGGAAUUUACCUCUGGGAAAGCUGAAGCUUCACAAGAAAUUGUUUUGAUUUAGAGUUGUGGCAGAGGUAGGUAUGAGAAAAUCAUCUUGUAUUAUAGAUGCCAAUGAAUUUCAAUGCUUUCUAUCUUUACACUUAGAUAUUAAGUUCUUUGUGAAAUUCUGUAAUAAAAUUCUGCUUCAUUAAAGAGCUGUCGAUUUGA